AUGUUGUUACCAGAUUCUUUUAUGUUGGAAGAAUCCCCACAAAUCAUAAAAUCCUAUGAUGGGUUUGAUAUUCGGGAAACAGUGCAGUAUGCUGCCUCGGUACUUCUCAGUGUGAUUCAAAAGCAUAUUGUUCACGCCAUCCAUAAUGGAGGGUAUUUAUUUAUUUAUUUUUUAUUUUGGAAUGGCACUUCGCCGAUUCUGUCGACAUUGUUUGAACGAACGCAAAUUCAAAUGAAAGUUAAGGAUAUAUGCAAUAUUGCAGAGGAUAUCACACCUAAAACGCUGCGUGAUGUUGGCGUGAAAUCGGGGAAUUCACCACACCUGGACGAUCGUCACACAAAUGGCGAGCUGUUGUAUCGUCGUGGUGUAUAG